UUCCAGCAGCCGGCUCCACUGCUCUGUGCUGGGAUCAUGGACCUUUCCCUCCUCUGCACACUGGUGGUCUUCGCUGGUGUGGUUCCAGCCGAGGGCGACAUACUGGACCUGAACAAGAUGCUCAGACAAGUGACGGGGAAGACCCCCGUCUUCUUCUACAUGUCCUACGGCUGCUACUGCGGAUUUGGUGGCCAAGGCCCACCCCGAGAUGCCACGGACUGGUGCUGCCACGAACACGACUGCUGCUACCGUCACCUGAGAUCCGACAACUGUGACAUCGGCUUCAAGCACUACCACUACACCUUUUUCCGGGGGAAAGUCCACUGUUCCACCAAGGGGAGCAGGUGUGAGCAGCAGCUGUGUGCCUGUGACAAGACAUUGGCCUACUGCCUGCAGCGGAACCUGAACACCUACAAGAAUGACCUGCGUUAUCUGUCCAGCUGCGAGGGCGAGAUCCCCGAGUGCCAGACCCUCUAGCCUGUCCCUCAGCAUCUUGAGCUCUGGGGAAGACCCCUAGGACCACUGGCCACACUCCCAACCCCAGUCUGGCGCCUUUAAAGCACUCCCGGGAAGAGGAAGGGUAUUAGCCUCGCCCCUAGCUCCCACAUGCCUCUUGGACCUUCUGAAUCUCCCCAGCUGUCUCCUCUGAGGGUGGAUUGAGAUCUUAGGAAAAACCAAGGCCCGGAAGGAGCCAGGGGAGAGUGUUUGGGCCAAAGCGGUGGGCACUGGGGGAGGGG